GAAUGUCCGGAGGACAGAUCGGGAGUGGCUUGAACCAGUUCUUUAGUCUGAGACAACCCAGUGUAACCAUCAGUUCCCUGGUCGCACAACUCGUGGCGUAUCCGAUCGGAUGUGCGUGGGCGCAAUGGAUGCCCCUGGGCUGGCUCAAUCCGGACCGCCAUUUCAACAUCAAGGAGCAUGCCUUGAUCACCAUCAUGGCCAACGUCGCCUUCGGGUCGGCCGCUGCCACCCAAGUCAUCGAGGCGAUGGUGAAGUUCUAUGACAUGCCGUCCCGGGGGGGCUUCGAGAUCUUGCUGGUGAUAACCACCCAGUUGUUCGGGUUUGGGCUGGCGGGGAUGGCCGCACGCUGGCUUGUGGGCCCGGCCACCAUGAUUUGGCCACAGGUGUUGUCCAACGCCGCCCUGCUCUCGACCCUGCAUUCGCGAAGGAAUGUGGUGGCCGACGGCUGGGUCAUCACCCGGCUGCGGUUCUUCCUGAUCGUGUUCGUGGCGGGAGCCAUCUGGUACUUUGCCCCGGGCUACCUCUUCACGGCCUUGAGCACGUUCAGUUUCAUCUGUUGGAUCGUCCCGAACAAUGUCGUGGUGAACCAGCUAUUUGGCCAGAAGACGGGACUGGGGAUGUCCCUGUUGACCUUUGACUGGGCGCAGGUCGUCUACGCAAACCAGAGCCCCCUGCUGGUUCCGUUCUGGGCGGGCCUGAAUGUUAUGGGGUCCUUUGUGCUGUUCUACUGGCUGAUCUGCCCGAUUGUCUACUACACCAACACCUGGUAUUCGGCCUAUCUGCCCUUGCUCAACUCCAACACCUUCGACAACGAGGGCAAGACCUACAACACCAGCCGCGUAAUGAAUGCCGAUGGGACGUUCAACGUGGAGGCGUACCGCAACUACUCCCCCAUGUUUCUCCCCGCCGGCUACGCCAUGACCUAUGGCGUGGCCUUUGCCAACCUGACCGGCAUCUUCGUUCACGUGGCAUUGUAUCACGGGAAAGACCUGGUCGAGCAAUGGAAGGGUCGGAACCAACGGGAUGUCCAUGCCCGGAUCAUGGGGGAGUAUAAGAGCGUGCCGUGGUGGUGGUUUGCCAGCGUCACCGUUCUGAUGUUUGUCCUGAGCAUCGUGACCAACGAGGUCUGGCACACGGACCUCCCGGCAUGGGCGGUUCUACUAGCGUUCGUGUUGCCCAUCCUCUAUUUCAUCCCCGUGGGCAUCAUCAAGGCCGUCACGAACAUUUCCAGCAACCAGCUGAACCUGAUCACCGAGUUCAUCGGAGGCUAUGCCUUCCUCGGGCGGCCGGUCGCAAAUAUGGCGUUUAAGUUCUACGGCUACACGGCUGUAUCGCAGGGACUCGAAUUCGUGGCCGACAUGAAACUGGCCCACUACCUCCACAUUGCGCCCCGGACGCUGUUUGUCGCGCAGGGGAUGGCCACGCUGGUCGGUGCCGUCGUCCAGUGCGGUGUGACUGUGUUCAUGAUCACCCGCAUUCGCGGCGUAUGCACGUCUGAUGCAGCGGGUGGGUUUAGCUGUCCUCAUGGCGAGGUGACAUACUCGUCGUCGCUGAUCUGGGGUGUCCUUGGCCCCGGUCGCAAUUUCUCCCCGGGCCAGAUAUACGGGAAUCUGCUGUGGUUCUUCCUGGUGGGACCUGUAGUGGUGGUCAUCACCUGGUUGCUAGGCCGACGAUGGCCCAAGGUCAACUAUCUGUCCUGGCCCGUGGCCUUCGGGGCCAUGAGCCUGGUGCCCCCGGCCACAGGCAUCAACUUCUCCUCGUGGUGGCUGGUCAACGUCAUCUUCAACGGGUUCCUCAAGCGACGCAAGCCGGCCUGGUGGUCGAAGUAUAACUACGUACUCUCCGCGGCGCUUGACUCCGGGGUCGCGGUGGCGACCGUAAUUAUAUUCUUUUGCAUCACCCUCCCCGCAGGAUCCUUGAACUGGUGGGGAAACACGGUGUUUGCAAACACGGCGGAUGCGCGAGGCACACCGUAUAAGGGGCUUCCGGCAUCGGGCUAUUUUGGGCCUGCGAAGGGGACAUGGGAGUGAUUGGGGGUAGUUACUUAGUACUCCGUACGCACAGCAGCCACGUAUAUGGGACAAUAAUAGAUUCAUGGCGAUUCACAUGGACAGGAUGCGUAAGGAGAGGAUGUUCUGCAGGAUGAGUAAAGUAGUAGUAGUGUUCUAGUGUUUGU